GAAUGUAUUAUGGUUUUACACGCGAGCGCCAAAAGCGGAACUAAUGUGCGACGCAACGUUCUACACGGGUAAAUUAGAGCGGCGCACCCAACCACUAGGCUGCAGCCUGCAGCUUGUGGUGCUGCUCGGUGAAUGAGACAGCGACUACUCUUGGAGAGAGCAGAGGAGCUCCGAGUUCUCCUGGUGGAGCCCUCAGCAGACGUCAAGCUGGCGACCGGAGCAGGAAAGAAGGGCAAGAAGGCCGAGGAGGAGGAGCAGCCUGCAGCACCUCCUGCAGCUGCAGCAGUGAAGGAGGAGGAAGAGGAGCAGCCUGCAGCACCUCCUGCAGCACCAGCAGUGAAGGAGGAAGAGGAGGAGUAUGUGGUGGAGAAGGUUUUGGACUGCAGAGUGGUUAAGGGAAGAGUAGAGUUUCUGCUGAAAUGGAAGGGGUUCUCAGAUGAGGAUAACACAUGGGAGCCGCAAGACAACCUGGACCUCGACCUUAUCACAGAGUACAUGCAGAAACACAAGGAGAAGGAGGAGAAGAAGGAGGAGGGCAACAGGAAAGUUGUCAGCGAGGCCUCGGGAGACUCAGAGGAGCGAGGGAGCAAGAGGAAGGAGGAGGAGGAGCCCUCAGCAGACGUCAAGCUGGCGACCGGAGCAGGAAAGAAGGGCAAGAAGGCCGAGGAGAAGGAGCAGCCUGCAGCUCCUCCUGCAGCUGCAGCAGUGAAGGAGGAGGAGGAGGAAGAGGAGGAGUAUGUGGUAGAGAAGGUGUUGAACCGCAGAGUGGUGAAGGGAAGAGUAGAGUUCCUGCUGAAAUGGAAGGGGUUCUCUGAUGAGGAUAACACAUGGGAGCCGCAAGACAACUUGGACCUCGAUCUUAUCACCGAGUACAUGCAGAAACACAAGGAGAAGGAGGAGAAGAAGAAGGAGAGAAACAGGAAAGUUGACAGUGAGGCCUCGGGAGACUCAGAAGAGCGAGGGAGCAAGAGGAAGAAGGAGGAGAAACAGAGAGGAGGAGGGGGACCCAAACGCCACCACUGUCAACGCUGUGACAAAUCCUUCACAACCUCUGGAUAUUUAAAGAUUCAUCAGAGAGUUCACACUGGAGACAAUCUACACAGCUGUGAUCAAUGUGGGGCAGCUUUCACACUACAGAGUACCCUAAAAAAACAUCAACGCAUUCACACUGGAGAGAAGCCUUACAGCUGUGAUCAAUGUGGUAAAACCUUUUCUAGGAGUGGUAGCCUAGAAAUCCACCGACGUGUUCACACUGGAGAGAAGCCGUACUGGUGUGAACAAUGUGGAGAAACAUUUUCUCAGAAUAGUCACCUUAAAAUCCACCAGCGCGUUCACACUGGAGAGAAGCCGUACUGGUGUGAACAAUGUGGGAAAACUUUUUCUCACAGUAGUCACCUUAAAAGACACCAGCGCAUUCACACUGGAGAGAAGCCGUACUGGUGUGAUCAAUGUGGUAAAACCUUUUCUAUGAGUGGUAGCCUAGAAAUCCACCGACGUGUUCACACUGGAGAGAAGCCGUACUGGUGUGAACAAUGUGGAGAAACAUUUUCUCAGAAUAGUCACCUUAAAAUCCACCAGCGCGUUCACACUGGAGAGAAGCCGUACUGGUGUGAACAAUGUGGGAAAACUUUUUCUCACAGUAGUCACCUUAAAAGACACCAGCGCAUUCACAGUGGAGAGAAGCCGUACUGGUGUGAACAAUGUGGGAAAACUUUUUCUGACAGUAGUAACCUUAAAAGACACCAGCGCGUUCACACUGCCUCGUUGUGAACAUGUUUCAGAGCCAAGCUGUGUCCUCCUGCCUCCUCCUCAUGACCUGAUAGCUGUGUUGUUAUUUUCUGAUCUUCUCUCCACAUUGAAGGCUGACCAGCAGUAACUUUAUCUUCUGAACAGCAUGUAUGUUAUCCUGGCUACGACUACACAUUACACUCCCUCCCUUUGAAGGGAUUUAUUCCACUCAAAAUCAUUUAGUUUUCCUGUAAUAACAUAUUCUGAGUUCAGGGUUCAACUGCUAGCGCUUUUUAACUAAUGCUGCGUUUGUUGUUCUUAAAUAAUCACCUGGUAAAUACAAUUUACAAAAAUUCCCAUCACUCUUUACUAAGGUGAUGUCAGAUUGUUGAAAUAUUCAGUUGUUUGUCAUUGAAUACGAAGAAAAGAAGCAAACCUUCAUAACUGACCAGCUUUAAUCAGAACAUGGCUGCUGCUGCUGCUUAAAAAAUGACUUGAACAGUUAAUGUGUUUAAACUGCGUCUGUGGCGCCGCCAUCUUGGGACAGACAACUGAUCUUAAAGACUCAGAAAAAGAUAGUUGUACUGCUUUUGGAUGUUCAUGUGAAAGAAAUGCUAAACUAAGCAACAUGGAAUAACAUUUCACGGAUGAAAAAUGUGUUUUACAAUAUUAUACUAUUACUAAACUGUUGAAUUUAAUAUCACAAAAGGUAACAUUAAUCCUUCUUUUAAGCUAACAGUAAGUUAAGUGCCUGUCCUGAUACUGGAUUGAGCUAAUACUAGCUUGUGUCAGGUCAUGUAUGUCUUAUUUAAGUGAUUAUUAAUAUCUCAGUAAGAUGCUGAAAACUAUGUUUGUUAUGUGUGUCACUGAACAGUUCCUCAUAUCAUUCCCCAUAGACCCCCAUGUGAAUAAAUCCAGACUUUACAUCAGAAAUAUAUAAAUGUUUACAGCCUGGUACAAAAAAAACGGUUUUGGUCUAUGAAGCUAAUUUCACACUUCAUAACAACUGUUUAUAUAACUCACCUGUUUAAAUUGUAUCAAGGCUGAAAUCAGCAGAAAUAAAUAAAUAAAUAUAUAUGGUAUCCUAGAGGCUUCUUCAGUGGAUUAGACACAUGAGAACAGCUGGUUGUAUUUGGGGGGAAGUUUGCGAGCAUUUGGCUAAUUCUGGGAUUUUUAACCCAUGUAUAAUCAUUUGUUUUAUUAAUUUGAUCUGUCCUCUUCUUAAAUAAACUGAAUUGAAUUGAACUUU